AUGACGCCUCAGCUGCCGUCUUUCGUAUUCUCUCUACCUGAAAUCAUUGGCAUUACCAUGGGCGGACCAAUAGCCAGUUUGGAAGUCUCUCAGACCAAACCAAAGCUUCCAGCUUCAUCGCCAUCUUACGCAGAAAAUUUUCUCUGGUCUAACCCACGUGCGUCAUCAUCAUCUGGCGCGACUGACGAUCAAAAACGACCUCAAUCUAUAUCGAGUCUGAAUUGGCUCAUCGCUUCAAUUCCAUCCCUUGAACAAGCCGGGCCGGGCACGUGCGAGACCCCUCGUAUAGACGUCGCCAACGGAAACCAAAUCUCUUCCCGGUCGGGAAGUCAGAAGUCGCUGCAACCCCGCAUCGGACGAGAAGCGAAGAGUGGGAAGUUGGCGGAGAUGGCUGGAGAUUUGGAUACAAGCAAAAUCAAGGACUGGCGGUCGAUCAUCACCUUGAUACUUUUUGUGAUUACCAAUAUCAUUGUGCUCUUUCCUUUCAAAGUACCCAUCUACAUCCCUCGAGUGCUCUACAAUGCGGCACUCGAUAUGCUGAGUAGCUUGCGCAUAAUCACCUCGCGCAAGCUGUCCCCAUCCACCCGGGCUGGUACUCGGUGGUUCGUACGAUUUCAAUUUCCCGUGAAUUUUGUGACCGCACCCCUAGCCACCGACCUAUUCCUGCUCGCGAUCUUGGCCAUCGGGCGCAAGGAAGUCCACGAUGGGACUCUCGGCUCCGACAAUAUUCAACCCAUCGAUAUCAUGGCCUUCUUCCUCACCCUGGCUUACAUCGCCAUCUCGAUCGAUGCGUCAGGCUUGAUUCGAUGGCUUGCAUUCAAGGUCCUUUUGCGUGCUGGCGGAGUUGGCCAUUGGCUGUUUUUCUACCUGUACGCCUUCUUCUUCGCACUUGGAAGCUUCAUUGGCAACGAUCCGAUUAUCCUGUCCGGCACAGCCUUUUUAGCCUACAUGACCCGAGUAUCCAGUAACAUUGCGCACCCGCGGGCUUGGAUUCACAGCCAAUUUGCGAUUGCUAACAUCGCGUCUGCGAUUUUGGUUUCCUCGAACCCAACCAAUCUAGUGCUUGCCGGAGCAUUUAACAUUACGUUCAUUAAGUACACAGCCAACAUGAUUGUUCCUGUAGUCGUGACAGCAAUAGUCGUCUUUCCCUUUUUGCUCUACAUCAUCUUUACGGACAGGGCUUUGAUCCCAUACUCCAUUGAAAUGCACGAGCUUCCCGACGACAUGAAGAACAAACCUCCCGUCAACCCAAACAUUCCGCAUGCCCGAGGAGAAGCUGAGAUUGAAGAAACGCAGGACGAGAGUGUUCAGUUGUUAUCUCUGGAAGAGAUCAUGAAUCCUUUCUUGGACAAGAAAGGCGCUACAUUCGGCGCUUUGAUCAUGGCUGCGACUCUCAUCACCGUCCUUGCAUUAAACGCAGUCACUUCGUCUUCUUCGGGCGAGACUCAUCCCGUGUAUUGGGUGACUUUGCCGGGAGCCUUUGUCAUGUUCUGCUGGGAUCUGGCAUCUGGCUGGACUCAUCGUCACGAGACUCGAGAUAUUGCCGCCAAGGGCAGGCGUGAAAUGGAGUUAGCCAGGAUCAAUAAAGAGCGUUCGCAAUCCUCGCAAGAUAUAGCGACCGAAAACGAAAAGAUCUCAGGAUCAAAAGAGCAGGAUUCUCCCAUCUUGCAGGAGAGUAUGCUGCAGACCGCUUCUACAAGCUCGCCUGAUGACAGUCAUUCGAGCUCUACCAAAUCGGAUAUGGCAGCUGACGCGCGAGCUAUUCACACUGAUCAAGCAGAUUUGCCAGCAAAUCGAGACCCCCACAUCGAGCCUUUCGUGCAAGUAGAAGAAUGUGCUCCUCGAAAGAAUGUCUUGACCGAUGCGUCAGUCACAGUUGAGACGGCGCCAGGCAUUGUUGGAGAUCUCGAGAAGACGAACACCCCGGGUGGACAAGAGACCAGUGGUCCACGGACUUUGGUAUCUUUGUCGCAGGAUUUUUACCAUUGGCUGCAAGUCACUUUUCCAACAGUCACUGUGGUAGUCUCGCACAUGCCAUUUCCUCUCGUUCCGUUCGCAUUCUCUAUGUUUGUGCUCGUCCAGGCCCUCGUUACAAAAGGCUGGGUACCUGUCUUUGCAUACGGAUGGGAUCAUUGGGUUGAGAAGACGGGAACUGUUGGCGCGUUCGCUGGAACAAACAUCGGUACCACUAUUCUACUUUCCCGAGUCAUCCAAGCAUGGCAACAAAUCCAUCGCCAAAACGGGUUGCCCAUCAGCGACCGAACAUUCUGGGCAACCGUGUACAGUAUGGCGAUCGGGGUGAAUUAUGGCGCAUUCAGCACGGCAUUCAGCGCGUCGCUUGCUGGGCUGUUGUGGCGUGAUAUUCUAAGAAGGAAAUUCAUCCGCGUUGGAAGCAUUGAAUUCGCGAGAGUCAACCUUCCCAUCAUUGCCAUCUCCAUGGUUGUUGGCUGUACUGUCCUCGUUGGUCAGAUCUAUAUCACGCGGAAAGAUACACCCUACGACUCAUGA